GAAAGACGGAAAAGGCGAAGGGCUGGAAAAGAAGGAAUCUGAUGGGAGAGAAGAGUGGAUCAUGGAAGAAAGGGAUGGAGAGGGGCACCAGGGGGAGGUGAUAGGCUGCUAAGAGACUGCAGUGGGGAAUAGAAGAAGAGGGAAUUGAGAGGGCAAAAAAUUACUGGAAGGAGAAAUCGACAUUCAUUCUAUCAAUUUAGAGGCUACCUAGAUGGGAUCUGAUAUGUUGUUCCUCCACCCUGAGACUAGCCUCAUCAUGGCAGAAGAGAAGGCCAUGGACUAACAUCUUGGGGGAUAGGUACUAAAAUGGUUGGCCACUGGGAAAUACUGCUUUUUGCAGAAUUAUAAUAAUAUUCCUGGAUUCGUUAUUAUUGGGCACCACAGGAGCCUCAACUAUUUACAAUCUGUUUAUUAAUAACUGAGGCCAAAUUUACUGAUGGUGCAGUUCAGAUUGUUAAUUGCAAAAUGUUAUGUUACGAAGGUUCUGCUGCAAAGAAUUGACAUGCAUGUGCAUCAAGUAAUUAGGAAAGCUAAUGAAUUGUUGGUCGUUAUUACAAGGGGUGCUGAUGAAAUUGGCCUUGUGUACUGCAUUCAGUUUUGGCCUUUGUAUUUAGGAGAGAUGUAUUGGAUGCACUGCAGAAAAGGGCAGGUUAUUCCUUGGGUUUAAGGGGUUGACAGAUGAGGAAACAUUGGACAUUUGGACAGUUAGAAUUUAAAAGAGUGAAGGGUAAUUUUAUUGAAAUAUACAAGUUUCCGAGGGAGAUUAGCAAAAUGAAUGUUGAAAGGCUGUUUCUUAUGGAGUAGAUGUUCCGACUAAGGGGCAAAGCUUCAGAAUAAAAAUGUUGUCCGUUCAUGUUGAGGUGAGGAGUAUUUUUUUUCCCUUGACCAAUUUGUAACUAUUCGGAAUUCUUUAUCUCGAAAGCUACGAAGGCAGAGUCUUUGGUUUAUGAUUAAUAUUGCCAGAGAUCUGAACUACAAGUAGUUCAUGGAGUAUGAUGAGAGAGGAAGAAAAUGCUGUUGAGGCCAAAGCUGGAUAAGGGAAACUUGGAAUCUAUGAUGCAGAUGGAGAUGGUGAUUUUGAUGUGGAAGAUGCCAAAAUUUUGCUAGGAAUGAAAAAAGUGGAAAGAUCCAUUCGUGCUGAACAUUUUGGGAAAAAUGAAGAGCCAGUUCAAACAUCUGACAAUCCACCACUUAAGACAGAGACUCAGCCAGAAGAACCUGAACCUAUUAAAGCCACUAUGGGUCAGGAGUCUUUCAAAACCAAUACAGAGCCAGAGCCAGUGGAGGAAGAGCCAGAGCCAGUGGAGGAAGAGCCAGAGCCAGUGGAGGAGGAGCCAGAGUCAGAGUCACUGGAGGAGAAACUCGCACCAGAGCCAGUGGAGGAAGAGCCAGAGCCAGUGGAGGAGGAGCCAAAGUCAGAGUCACUGGAGGAGAAACUCGCACCAGAGCCAGUGGAGGAGGAGCCAGAGGCAGAAGAAACAAAUGAAUUUGAUGCUGUGUCUGAAGAUUCAGUUGGUCCCGAAGCUGAAGAGUCUGUUUAUAUGGAAGAUGAAGCAAUUUCUGAAAUAGAAGAGACAAUGGAGUCAGAAGAGAGAGAGGGGGAAGUUAAUGAAUACACUGUUUCAGAUGAAGCAGUGUUUGAACCUGAAGAAGUAGUCUCUGAACAAGAUGCUACAGCAUAUGAAAGUGAAACGGAAGAUUUCUCUGAUCAUCUGGACAGUGAAGGUGAAAGAGAGGAAGAUUUGCCGAUCAGUGAUGAAUUUAUAGAAGGUAAUGACCCGGAGCUUGAAGAUAAAGUGGAUGAAUUUUAUGCUGAAGAGGUGGAGCAUGUGCCAGGCACUGACGACAUACAAGAAGCAUUGCCUGUUCAAAAGAGUGAUGAAGAUUAUCUGUCAGUCAAUACGUCUCAGAACUUGGAUGUGGAAUCUGAAAUCCAAGAUGCAGUACCUCUUUCUGAGGCAGUGGAAGAGCAUGUGGAGAAAGAUGAUGAUACUCCGGAGGCUCCAAAAGAACAUCUAGCUGAAGAAGAACAUGUGAAUUACUCAGAAGAUCACCAAGAAGUGAGUGAAUCCUUAGAGUCUGACCAUCUGGAAACAACAGGCGAGGCAAAAGAGGAAACAAUUAUAGAUGAACCAGAAAAAAGAUCUGACUCUGAAGUGAAGAAGGAAGAGAAAGUUCCAGCUAAGAAGAAGAAACCAAAACUCUUGAAUAAGUUUGACAAGACCAUUAAACCUGAAUUGGAUGCUGCUGAAAAACUGCGAAAAAAGGGUAAACCUGAAGAAGCACUGCAGGCAUUUAAUGAACUUCUCAAAGCAUAUCCCCAGAGUCCUCGAGCUAAAUAUGGAAAAGCACAGUCAGAAGAUGAUUUGGCAGAGAAGAUGCGAAGCAAUGAGAUCCUUCAAAGAGCAAUCAGUACCUAUGGAGAAGUGGCUGACAUGCCAAAUCCAACCGCUGAUCUGGUGAAGUUGGCACUGAAGCGGCAGGCAAACCGACAACAGUUCCUUGGUCACAUUAAACGUUCUGUGAUGACCCUUAAGAAGCUGGUAUCUCUUUACCCAGAUGAUAUCUCAAUUAGAAAUGAGCUUGGAGUAAGUUAUCUAUUAUUGGGAGACAACAAUAAUGCCAAGAAAGUGUAUGAAGAGGUUUUGGCCAUGGCUCCAAAUGAUGGAUUUGCUAAAGUUCAUUACGGAUUCAUCCUCAAAGCUGCAAAUCAGAUAGCUGAGAGCAUCCCGUAUCUCAAGGAAGGAUUAUUGUCUGGAGACCCAGGCACUGAUGAUGGACGCUUUUACUUCCACUUGGGAGAUGCAUUACAGAGAGUGGGUGAUCAAGAGGCACACGCAUGGUAUGAACUGGGACACAAGAGGGGUCACUUUGCAUCAGUAUGGCAGCGUUCACUGUACAAUGUGAAUGGACUUAAGGCUCAGCCUUGGUGGACAGCUAAGGAAACGGGGUAUACUGAACUGGUGAAGACCCUGGAGAGAAAUUGGAAGUUAAUCCGUGAAGAGGGUCUGACCGUAAUGGAUAAAGAAAGAGGGCUUUUCUUACCUGAAGAUGAAAACUUAAGGGAAAAAGGCGACUGGGGCCAGUUUACAAUUUGGCAGCAAGGUCGUAGAAUUGAGAAUUCCUGUCAACAGGUUCCGAAAACAUGUGCCUUGCUGGAGAGAUUCCCUGAGACGACAGGGUGUAAAAGAGGACAGAUUAAGUAUUCAGUAAUGCAGCCAGGGACUCAUGUAUGGCCUCACACUGGACCAACAAACUGUCGUUUAAGAAUGCAUCUUGGCCUGGUUAUUCCUAAAGAGGGAUGCAGAAUACGCUGUGCUAAUGACACCAGAGAAUGGAAGGAGGGAAAAGUGCUCAUCUUUGACGAUUCUUUCGAGCAUGAGGUUUGGCAAGAUGCUGCCAGCUACAGGCUUAUCUUCAUAGUGGAUGUAUGGCAUCCAGACCUUACAGCCCACCAACGUAGAACACUUUCACCAAUCUAAUCACAUGCUUGAGACAUAAAGUGAAGAAGGAAAUUUUGGGAGUUGAGAUGACAUGAAGAAAUUAUUAUGUUAUGAAGUGUAAUGACUUCCAUUGAUGUUUUUUUAACUGUUAGUACAGGGAAGUUUUCUGAGAUUAAAGGAUGGUCUAUUUUUGGGGAAGAAUAAAAAAUGGAUUAACUAAGAGGUCUGUGUGGGGGGGGGGGGCAUUUUAAGAGGUUAUUUUUUAUAUUAAGUAUAAACAUGAGUUCUUCCAAAAAGAAACACAGUGACAAAAGGUGGAUGAGAUUAACAUGGCAUCUUUUUCAAUUGGAAAUAGAACAGUUUCGAUACACUGUACACAAUAAAUUGGCUCAAGCAGUCUCUUCAUUGUGAAAAUCAAAGUGGAUACUAUGUUUUUUCACUAUAUUACUUAAGCUGAUUAUACUCUAUCUAAUUUCUGUAAGGCACUCAUACUGUUACAUUCACAUAACUGGUCUUCGGUAUUUUCAUAUGGAAUCAAUCUGUAUAUAUUUUGAUUACUUUAAUUGUACAGAUAUUCAUGAGUUUCGUAAUCAUAGAUAUUGACCAGUUUUAUAAAGAUGAUCUAUGCCUCUCAAUAUUUUAAUUAAUCACUAUGUGUGUAUUCUAUUACAGGUUUACCUGAAAUCAGCAUUUUUUAAGCUUACACUGACAAUUAAUGCUUGAUGUACCUUUGCACUUUCUGAUCAUUUCCCAAGAAAUAUCAAUUUAGAUUGUUUUGGCCUGUGUUUCAAUUUUGAAUUUUCUUUUUGUUUACACAAAGUGUGUUACUUCUCUCAAUGGGAGAGCUGCCUUUGUGAAGUUACUACGCCUGACAGUGUGAGCGAGAUUGAUUAACACACAGAGUUGAAAUGACAAGAUCACUGAAGCAUCCUGAAUUAACAGAUGUAUCAGUGCUUAUACUUAGCCUCCCCCACACUGCGCUUAGAAACUCAACCAAAGUCGUUUCCCCAGCAGUCUUUCCAGUGUUCACUGUUCGAGGAGUUGAAUUAAUGUACAUCAUGUAAGUAAAGAGCAAGUUUCUUUCCAAUGUUGCUAGCUUCACUUAUAAAGGUGAUAUACUUUUUGAGUGUAGAAUUAUGUUUUCUGUUAAGAGAAGUUGCACUGCAUUCCCUGAAGAUGCUAACUGAUUUAGAUGCCAUUGUCGAACUUUUUUCAUGUGACAAAAAUGAACAAAUGCCAAUGUGAGAGGCGCAGUCAUCAAUAGAUGGCUGAUGCAUCUGUGCAAAAUGCCGAAAAGCAGAUGGCUUGUGACAACCAUAAUACAUCUACAAUAAAAUGACCAUAUGUUUUUACAUUGAAAUUUAUUAUGCUAAGUAUAAAUGACAGACUUAAUGUUGCAGGGGCAAGCCAAGGAGGACUGAAUUUACCACAUAGGAAUAAUCAAGAUAAUUUUAUCUCAGAGCAGUUAUGUGAGCAGUCAGAUCCCUAGAGAAAGGUAAGGAUUACAAGCUUGUCCAGAAAGUGGGAAAAGGCAACUACCAAUUACUUAUUCAUAUAUUUUGGCAAACCAUUUAGACAGCAGAACAUUAGGGAACAGAAUAACACACACAAAACGUGGGGCAACUCAGCAGGUCGGUCUCCAUCUAUAGAAAUGAAUUAUCAAUGUUUCAGGCUGAGGCCCUUUUUCAGGACUGGAAAGAAAGGUAGAAGACCUCAGAAUUAAAAGGUAGGGGGAAGGAAAGGAGGGCUAGCUGGGAAGUAUUUGGUAAAGCUAGAUGGGUGGGAAAGGUAAAGGGUUGGAGAAGUAGGAAUCCGAUAGAAGAGAGUACCAUGGGAGAAUCGGAAGAAGGGAUACCAGGAGGAGUUGAUAGGCAGGCGAGAAGAAGAGGUAAGAGGCCAGAGAGGGGAUUACAAAAGGAAAGGGAGAGGGGAAAAUUACUAGAAGGAGAGCUCAAUGUUCAUGCCAUCAGGUUGGAAGCUACCUAUACAGAAUACGAGGUGUUUCUCCUCCGCCUUCAGAGUGGCUUCGUUGUGGUUAAAGAGGCCAUGGGCAUACAUGUCAGAACAGUAAUGGGGAUAAGAAUUAAAAUGUUUGGCCACCAGGUGAUUCCGUUUUUUGGUGGAUGGAGCAGAGGUGCUCAACAAAGCAUUCCUUAAGUAUGUGUUGGGUCUCACCAAUGUCGAGGAGGUUGGAUCAACAACACUGGAUACAAUAGACGACCCCAACAGAUUUGCAGGUGAAGUGUCGCCUCACCUGGAGGAACUGCUUAGGGACCUGAAUGGAUGGAAGGGAGGAUGUGAAUGGGCAAGUGUAGCAUUUCUGUCAGUUGCCGGAAUAUUUGCCAGGAUGAAGGAAGAUUAGUGGUGAGGGACAGAUAGACAAGGGAAUCAUGAAUGAGUGAUCCCGGGGGGGAGGGAAUGUAAAGGUAUGUUUGGUGGCAGGAUCCCACUGAAGAUAGUAGACAUUGCAGAGAAUGAUGUGCUGAAUACGGCGUGCGGAGAAUAAUAUGUUGGAUGCACAGUGGAGAAUGAUGUGUUCGAAAAACCUAGGUGAAUGUGGUACCUUAAUUUAAAAUGUUUAGUGACUGUGAUUUUAAAAUUACCUUUUGAGUUUAUAAUUCUGUGAAUGCCUGUCUUGAUGGAUUUAUCGACCAAGUCACCCAGAGGAAUUGGAUUGGCUGCACAGGCAGGAGUUGCUUUUUGUUUCUGCUCAUCUGGUUUAUUGUUCUCUAUCACUUCCGUAAUGGUUUUAUUGGAAUCCUGUAUAAUGCAAAUGCAAUUGAAUCCCCUAACUUUAUAUUACUAUGGAAUCCCUGUUCAUUGAUGCUUUGUUUUCUUUACCUCUCUUCUGAUGCACUGAAGUCAAUAUGCUUGUAGUGAUGGCUAAAGCUGCACAGUACCCAGCAUUCCAGUGACAAUGAGUCUGAUAAAAUUUGACAUCUGUUUAUUGUCAGGGCUUAGUCAAAAAUUGCAACAUCAGAGUGAUCUUCAGUGAGAUUUAAAACAAUUUUCUCUUUGACAGAUAUUGAUAUUGUUACAUUUGGUAAACUAUUAUUCAAAAAUAUUUAAGAUGAUAAGAUGUUUAGCCAACUGAAAUAUUGUGUAUGGAUGUUAAAGUUUCCAUAUGUUGUACAUUUGCAGAGAGCUGAUAUUAAGCAGAUGAUGGUUUUCUUUUCUUGACCCAAUUUUCAAACAAGUUCUAAUUUAGUAUAUCAAUUAAAAUAUUAUCAGAGGUCCAGCUUUGUUUCUGGAAGAAUACUUGGUAUAAGUUUUAAUUUAAACCAAUGGGAGACUCGACUUUCUAUUUUGUUAAUUGGGAACACAGAUUAGAUUUUGUUUUUGACUUUCUUUUUAAAAGAAUAGUUUUUUUUUCCUUUUUCUUUUUGAGUCCAUUGAUAACUGUACUGCAGUUCUUUUUGACUCUGUCAUUGAAUGCUGGGAUGAUAAUUUUGAAGUAAACACUGUAUAUCAUUGGAUAAAAUAAAUUUGCUCUGAGUGUUAUGUGAAUGUAUUAUAAUUACUGGUUUAAUGUCAAUUUGAUUUGUUAUUGAAGUGGUUUCAUGGAAGUAGACAUGCGUUUUAACUGUGAGUACUGCAGCUUUGAGGGAAGCUCAUAGUCUGCGUUCCUGAGUUUGGGAGUUUUUUUUUUAUAAAUGUGAGUCAAAUCUUUUCCUUCACCAAUAACUUGACUGAGUUAUACAAAGCAAACACGAGGAAAUCUGCAGAUGCUGGAAAUUCAAACAACACACACAAAAUGCUGGUGGAACACAG